UUUGUCUCAGGUAGAGAACUAUGGCGUCUGGAAGACAUACCACGUGACUACCUGAAAGCGUUCCACGCGGACACCGACCCUUACGAACUUUUCACAUCUCGAUCAAACUCUGUCGUGCCUGACCCAGCAGGGGGAGAUAACCACGUCUUAAAGGUCAUUUACCACAAAGGAAGCUUCAACUACCACGGCGCGACGACAGGGAUGCUCCAGUUUUACUCCAGACCUACGCCACGUCGAACAGCCUUGACCUUAAGUUACGACAUCUACUUUGAUCCUAGUUUCGAUUUCGUUCUCGGCGGGAAACUGCCCGGAUUGUGGGGCGGGUUGACAAACUGUUCCGGCGGACGCCAUUCCGACGAUUGUUUCUCCACCAGGUUUAUGUGGGUGCGUCACGGAGACGGGCUGGUUUACGCCUAUAUUGCUCCACCAGACCAACAAGCGCCUGAGUUCUGUAGGAACAAGAAAAACGAAUGUUAUUCGGUUUACGGUUACGGUCUAGGACGGGGAAAUUGGCGUUUUAGGACAGGUGAGUGGCAGAAUAUUGCCCAGUACGUGAAGCUGAACACCCCAGGUCGAACAGACGGCGUCAUCAGGGUGUGGUUCAACCACAAACUCGUCUAUGAGGCGAACAAUGUCAACAUCCGUCGGAAAGACAGCGUCAAGAUCGACGGCAUCUUCUUCUCGACGUUCUUCGGCGGUAACGACUUAAACUGGUCUCCGCCACAUGACGUGUUCGCGUGCUUCAAAAAUUUUGUCUUGUCGACCAACCCUCACCACCCAGUUAUAGUUGGAUAAUUUACGAGGAAAGCGAAUCUCCUGAAUGAAACGGACACAAGAAUUAACCGACCAAGAUCAUCCAUUCAUCACAGUGAGACACCAUCCAAAGAUGUGUAUAGAAACCCUUACGGUAAACUUUACAAGAAAGAACAAUAACUACAAUUAAUUCGGCUAAUUAUUGAUUCACCCAUAGGUUUUAAUGUAGUACGUUCAUCUGAUUCAUGCAGUGUCAUAAAUAAAUGUUGAUAGUUGAU